GGAAAGCAGGUUCUAGGAAUAGGAAGAAGGAAACAUCGGAAGAGAUGUUUCAAUGAUUGGUAUAAAGUAUAUCUUACUGUCCUGUCGGGGAGGGUAACUGCCUAGACGAAAGACCUGGUUAGAUAAGCGGUCCACAUACCCCGCCAUGAGAUAGUUGUCGUUGUGUCCUCUACGGGUCUUCUCUCUCCAUCAUUCCAAGGGUUGGCAGGAACGAAAAUGGCUACGAUUACUCCCAGAGGACGUCUCCAAGGCAAGAAUGCCAUUAUCACCGGUGCAGCAGGAGGCAUUGGUCUUGAGACCAGCAUUUUGUUUGCCCGCGAGGGCGCCCGGGUGCUGAUGGCCGACAUCUCGGAACCGGCGCUGGCCAAGGCGUUGGCGAAGGUGAGGGAGGUGGUGCCCGAGGCCGAGCGGGUGGAAACGAUCAAGUGCGAUGUCUCCAAGGAAGAGCAAGUGCAGGCGAUGGUGGAGAGCCAGGACAGCUGGGGUGGAACAGACGUGAUCUUCAACAACGCAGGGAUCAUGCACGCCGACGACGCGGACGCGGUCGACACCCCGGAGAAGAUCUGGGACCUGACGCAGAACAUCAACGUCAAGGGGGUCUGGUUCGGCUGCAAGCACGCCGUGCAGAGUCUGCGCCGUCACGGCAAGGCCCGGGGCAGCAUCAUCAACACGGCCAGCGUCGUGGCGCUCGUCGGCAGCGCCACCCCUCAGCUCGCCUACACGGCGAGCAAGGGUGCUGUCCUCGCGUUGACCCGCGAGCUGGCCAUUGUCCAUGCCCGCGAGGGGUUCCGCUUCAACGCCUUGUGCCCUGCUCCUCUAAACACCCCCCUUCUUCAAGACUGGCUGGGCGACGAUCAACCCAAACGCUUCCGACGCGAGGUCCACUUCCCGACAGGCCGGUUCGGCGAAGCCAUCGAACAGGCGCACGCCGUGGUCUUCCUUGCCAGCGACGAGAGCAGUUUCGUCAACGGGACCGAUUUCGUCGUCGACGGCGGCAUGACAAAGGCCUACGUGACUCCCGAGGGACCUGCUCUGCCUCCUCCGAGAAAUCUCGGACACUAGACACACUACUACCUACUUAAAGCC